CCCGCGGGACGAGCCCGCCGCCUCCCAAAAACCAACCUCCGACACCGCCCGCUCCGGAAAGUUGCCCCGUCAGGCUCGAAAACGCCCCGUGAGGCUCAAGCACAGGGUGAAAAAAAAGGACAAGGGGAGGAAAAAAACCCCAGGACCCCUCUUUGCAUCGACGCAGGUUAAACAAAAGGCCUGGGGAGGUGGAUUGGGUUUUUUUCCACCCUCCCCAUGCUCCUUUUCCCGCCUUCCCAUCCCUCUCCUCCCUCCUCUUGUCCUCCAUCGUUGUCUCCCUCGCUCGCCGCCCCGGCGUCCAGGCACAAAUGAGCCCUUGGCUCCCUCCUUCCUGGUUUUCGCACGACAGGAGGUGGCGGGUCCUUGAAUAGGAACACACACACCCAACACGCGAGAGGGACCCGAUGGGGGCAGAAAAAAAAGAGGACAAAAUAUAUAUAUAUACACGUACAAACAACAACCCACCCGCCAUGGAGGCCGGAUGGGAGCAGUUGCUGCCGAGGGUGGCAGAUUGGGGGUGGUUUGGGUGGCAAGGGGUAUUUUUGGCCUUAUUCUGUUGCUGCCCGAGCACCUGGGUCGUGCCGAUUGUAAAAGGGAGUCGCGGCGGGUUGGGGAAGGGAGCGGAGGGGGGGCAGCUGGGGUUGGUAGCGCUGUUGGGGAGAUGCCAAAAAACCAAAACAAAACACGUUUUCAUUUUGUCUGCACCAGCCUGGGCGCAGGCGAGCGCGGGAGAGAGGGAGGGAGAGGGAGGCGCACGCCAACAGAAAGCCGCCGUGCUCAGAAGCGGGCCUGCGGCCACGUCCCUCCGCAGCCGCCCCAGCAGCCGUUCCUGCUCCUCGUCCCCCUCUCCCUGCCCACCCGGCUUCGCCUGCCAAGUCCGAGUUGGCACGGCUCCCCCGGCUGCGCCGAACAAAGCCGUCACCCAUCCCCGAGCCGGAGCUGACAGUAAGCAAAGUGACAGGCGCAUCUUCCGCAUGUUAAUCCAAACGGCGAGAAGGCGAGCGAGCGGCGGAGCCCCCCCGUGCCAUGCACACACUGCCUGCCCCCCGGCACCGAGCCGCCCACCCCACCCUUGGCACCCGCUGGCCUCGUGCGGGGAUGGCCAGGCCCCCGCCGGCGGGAGCACCGAAGGCUCCUCGUCGGCGAGGCUUAAAUCGAGCCGAAGCCCCGCUCGGCGGGCAAACGAGGCCACUCGGCAUCUGCUGUACCUGUUCCCGCUGCCUUCAUCUCGCCUUGGAACCGUGACAAGAGCGCACUCGCCUCUGGUGGGCUCUCAAAGCCGCGGGUCUGUAACCCUUUGCAGGAAGUUGGCACCGAUCCCAGGAAUUAUUUGCCUACGUGGAGCUCGGCGCUGCGGGAGAACAGAGCAAACAGCCUUAUCGAGGGCAGCUGUGCCACAGGGCACUUCCUCAUGCGUGGCUGCAAGAUGGGGCCCUGCACGGCUGCAGGGGAGGGCUGGGAGCCCUGGCCUGGCCACUGACCACACACCAGGGAGACACCAGGCACCAUCCAGAGAGAGCUCUCUGGGGUGCUUCCUCAUGGCUCCACGGUGGGAAAGCAGCACCAGGAGGGAGUUUGGACUGAACUGCAGGGUGUUCAGCAGGAUGGCUCUGCAGGGGUAAGGGGAGAUGGAACAGUGGCUCUGAGCUCAGCUGCACUUCCCUGGGCACAAAGGCUCAUCUUGCUGCUCCCCAAAUCCUGCCAGGCUCGAGCAUCCAAGCCCAGCAGAGACACACCAGCCUUGACCUGAGAUUCCCUCUCCUGGCCACUGUCGUGCCUCCCUUCUCCCCCAGGCAGCUGGGAGCAGAUGAGGCCAAAGUCUCGGCAAUCUCAGUUCUCCACUGGAGGCUGAUAAACAGCGCAGGCACGGAACAACAGCAAUCCCCACACAGGCUGGCUUUGUGCAGGAGAGUCAAUAUUUAAACCAGGGUUUGUUUCCUGGGCAGACAGGGGAGUGCCAGUGGGAGAAACCCCCGGCUCCAUCCUGGGCGCCAGAGCCAAACCUCCUCCUCCAAACCUCCAUUUGUUCUCCUGACCACAUGUUCCGGCCUGGAUCCCCUGUCCCGUGGGAAUGGGGCCCCAUCCCCUUCAGCUGGGAUACCUGAGCACCAGCUGCAGGACCAGGCACUGACUAGUGGGUAGCAACUGAAGGGAGAGGGAUGCCCAGCCAGCUUUGGGUUGUCUGCUUGCCUGCUCCUCAUGCAGGGCUUUGUGGUGGGGCCCCUCAAAUGAAGCAUGGGACAACAAGAAUCAGGGAUAGGAACGGGAGAUGAGGAAAUAUUCAAUCAUCCUAAGAAUGGCAGCCCCUUGCUUCAAAGUAAGGCAGUGCACUGAAAGCUUUGAAACCUGGUUUUCAUUUACACUGAGCAAAAACUACAGUCAACUGUUGGGUUUUCAGCCAAGUUUGUGAGCUCUGAUGAACUGGGCAGAAAUUACUGGCAGGAUGCAUGCACUGGUGCAGCUUUAGGUAAAUCCCUUAGGUAAAUUCCUCAAAGGACAGGAAAUAGCACUUUUCCUGCAGUGGCUGCAGGAGGUUUGACAGGCAUGGGAGCAGCAGAAGGUGGCUUUAAUUUGGAGGGUAAAGCUUCAUGUUCCUGAGCAGGUGCUGUGUGACCCGGCAGAUACAAUGCCCUGUGUUGGACCAGGUCGUAAAACAAGGUGAUAAAAGGUCGGUGGGGAAGGAUGGAGCUGUGAGGGGGAAGAUGGAAUGGCUGAACCCACCUGACUGGUCUGACAGCAGCAAAGAAUCUCCAUCACCCCUUCCAGAAGACCUCAGGGUCAAUUUUAACUCCAAAAACCUAAUUCCACAUAUAUUGUUUCAAGCACCCAAGCCCUCUGUUGCCUCCACCCUCACUCCAGGUGCACACACUGCAGUUUGCUCAGCCUUCUGUGGAGGUGAGGAAAAUCAGGGGAAAUCUGAGUUUUAAACAGCUGUUUUAGGCCCUGAUUUGGAGAAGAGACAAAAGGAAGUGCCUGUCUUAAACUGAAACCUUCCCUGAGGGAGUAGGUUAUACAGGGGGAAAAAAACAAAACAAAACAAAACUAAAACCAA